CUCUCAGAGGAGGCUGAGCUGCUCACGGGGCUCGGGGAGAGCGGACUCGCGGUCUGGUGGUCCACCUGCCAUGGAGCCAAAACGGAUCAGGGAGGGCUACCUGGUGAAGAGGGGAAGUGUGUUCAACACCUGGAAACCCAUGUGGGUUGUACUGUUAGAAGAUGGAAUUGAGUUCUACAAGAAGAAAAGUGACAACAGCCCCAAAGGAAUGAUUCCCCUGAAAGGAAGCACACUGACUAGCCCUUGUCAAGACUUUGGCAAAAGGAUGUUUGUGUUUAAGAUCACUACGACCAAACAGCAGGACCACUUCUUCCAAGCAGCCUUCCUGGAGGAGAGAGAUUCCUGGGUUCGGGACACCAAGAAGGCCAUUAAAUGCAUUGAAGGAGGUCAAAAGUUCGCAAGGAAAUCCACCAGGAGGUCCAUUCGACUGCCAGAAACCGUUGACUUAGGUGCCUUGUAUCUGUCCAUGAAAGAUAUCGAGAAAGGAAUAAAAGAACUCAAUCUAGAGAAGGACAAGAAGAUAUUUAAUCACUGCUUCACAGGAAACUGUGUCAUCGACUGGCUGGUGUCCAAUAAGUCUGUUCGGAAUCGCCAGGAAGGCCUCAUGAUUGCGUCCUCGCUGCUCGGUGAAGGGUACCUGCAGCCCGCUGGGGAAUUGUCCAAGAAUGCAGCGGAUGGGAUGGCUGAACACCCUUUCCUGGACAACCCUGAUGCCUUCUACUACUUUCCGGACAGCGGGUUCUUCUGUGAGGAGAAUUCCAGCGAUGACGACGUGAUUCUGAAGGAAGAGUUCCGAGGGGUCAUCAUCAAGCAGGGCUGUCUGCUGAAGCAGGGGCACAGGAGGAAAAACUGGAAAGUGAGGAAGUUUAUUCUGAGAGAAGACCCUGCCUACCUGCACUACUACGACCCCGCCGCCGGGGGAGAAGAACCUCUGGGAGCAAUUCACUUGAGAGGCUGUGUCGUGACUUCCGUGGAGAGCAACCCAGAUGUCAGGAAGAGUGAAGAAGAGAACCUCUUUGAGAUCAUCACGGCUGAUGAAGUUCACUAUUUCUUGCAAGCGGCCACCCCCAAGGAGCGCACCGAGUGGAUCAAAGCCAUCCAGGUGGCCUCCCGGACUGGGAAGUGAGACUAUUCCUGCAGCUCAUCGUCAUUCUCCCGAAGGAACCCGAUGAAUUAGCUUGGUCCGGGACCUGUCCACUUCUGGGGACAAAUCAACGAGGAAGGCCCCAGGGUUGUGCAGGGUUUUGUCUGCAGAGGCUCUGAAUGUAACUAACCACACGCCGCGUCCUGUUCCCCCGCGCCGACACACGGCUCCCUGAAGCCUCUCUGUGGCCCCCACGCAGAUAUAAUAAGCUGUGCGGCCUGGCCCCACUGCUUAAGCUCCCCAGGCCCGAGCUUCAAAACCCAAAGCCCUGAUAUGCCACCAGCCGGGGAAGUGGAAAUGCCUCUAGUCGCCCAGUGGGAGCGUGUCACUGCUGUGGGCUCAAUCUUGGCCUUCAGAAGGCGACGCAGUGGGGACCGGGGUCUGCUCGGGGGGUCUCGGCACAAACCUCCUGUUCUCGUUUGCCACCUUCUCCUCCUCUUUGCAGUUAGAUCAUCUAUCACGAAGAGCUUCCUUCUUUCCUCACUCUGACCCAAAACUUCCCCAAAGGGAGCGCCACAGUGGCCGCUUUUAGGUGGAAGCCUUCCAUCACUAACUAUGACCUGGAGAGUCCCAUCUUCUGGGAAAAUGACCCAAGGAAGCCAGGAGCAGCCGGGGGUCUUUGCGGCGCCCGGAGGCACGGCCCACUGCCACCCGAGGCGGGUCUGAGACGGGGCCAUGCUCGUCCCCUUCCAGAGCGUUUCCCUACCAUUGGUUGGAAUUAGGACGGGGGACUCCAGUCCUUGAGGUUCUGUUUCGAUUGAAUGUUUGUAGGAAAAGGCAUCGGAUGGGUCACCAGGGGGGUGAGGGGCCUGGGGGCCUGGCUGGCUGACGUUUACCCCCCAAGUUCCAGAGGCUUCGGGGGCUGGAUUGAAAGCCGCCAGACUGGGCUUAUACGAAGGGAGCGUUGAGAUGACCUACGUCUACACAGAACUCGCAGAGGUGGCCGUCCGCGCUGUGCGGCGCCUCCAAUUCUUGGGUCAACGAUAACUGUGGUUGUUUCUGAGCUUUGGGCACCAGCCUGCUUGGCCUCUUCAGGGCCUCAUGAACCGAUUACCAACCGGAGCGGUCUGACCCAGGUUCACUUUGGGUACCCACCCUCCACCUUGACCCUGCCCACCAACCAGGGAUUCUCACCCCGAAAUGAGGAAAAAAACAAAACCCCAGGUGCGUGUGUGAAGGUGCAUUUUCCAAUUUCAGAUUUCUGAGUUUAAGGGUCUCGUGAGAAAAGGAGUGCAGAUUUUUCCUGAUUCUAUCAAGUCCUCUCUUUCCCUCUCCCGGUUGCACAUAACGUCCGUGAGGCUGUUCCUACUCCCAGAUUGUCGUCUCAACGGCCUGGGCGUAGAAGGUCACCUUUCCUCCGGUUCUUUAGCAAGCACAGUAGGUUUUCUACAUUCAGUGUCAAAAGUAUUUAUUAAUAUGGACUCAACUUUAUGUUUUGAAAUAAACGUGACCGUGUUCAGCGUC